ACACGCGCCCAGUGUCACCUGAUACUGUCCACUGCACCGCCAUCACAAUGAAUUUUCCAGAAACUAAUACAAAAAAUUGCUUCUUUAGACACUCUCUUUGUGCUUAACCUCAAUAACCGUCGGGAGAUGGCAAAUUAACGCAAUCCAAUUUUUAAAUGAUGCCGGGGCACAUGGUCUUCAUCCACCAGGAAGCACAUCUGGAUCUCCAUCACUACUAGCGAAUCACCAGAAUAAAUUCUCGGUUCCUUCGGCGCCGUGCGCGACACAGUAACGUGUUUGGUAAUUUCAGAUCAGGGCUGCAUCCAACGUGGCUUGCUUUUUUUUUUUUUCGUUCACCUUCUCAUCCCGUAAUGGGCAGAUGAACGCCCACACCUCUUUCGCCCAGCAAAGGUGGGUCGAGCUAUCUGGAGCCUGUGGCUGGUGACCACAAGGCCUCCGUGCCGGGCUCUAGGGAAGCGGUGUCCUCGCAGCCGACAGCUCCGCGAACUGGCCCUGUGGUUCCACUGCAGAAGGACAAUAGCUCAUCAAGCCCCACGAAAGCCCCCGGACCCGUCGCGGAGCCUGGGCUGGCGGGGGAUGAGGCUGAGCGACUCCUCCUAGAGGUGGUUAUGUGGAGAAGGAGCAAUCCCUUCUCCCUCCUCCUCCUCCCCCCGCUACUAUCCGCGGCCCGGAGAACUGCCGCUUGCCGCCAUUGACACGCACAGAUACAACCCCAAGAAAGGCAGGGUCCUGCCCAGCACCGGCGGCACGCGGGCCGAACCUGCGGCCGGGAUUGGCGCGCACUAGGCCACCGGGCGCCCGGAGCCCGCGGUGCAGCACCAGUAUUGUGUAGGUGCCAAGAGACCACUCUGUCAGCAAGCUGAGAGGAAAAUCGAGGCAAGAUGUCAGGCCGGAGCGGGAAGAAGAAAAUGUCCAAGCUGUCCCGGUCAGCCAGGGCCGGCGUCAUCUUUCCAGUAGGCCGGUUGAUGCGCUACUUGAAAAAGGGAACCUUCAAGUACAGGAUCAGCGUAGGUGCUCCCGUCUACAUGGCUGCGGUCAUUGAGUACCUAGCAGCGGAAAUCCUGGAGUUGGCUGGGAACGCUGCGAGGGACAACAAGAAGGCACGGAUAGCCCCCAGACACAUCCUGCUGGCCGUUGCCAACGACGAGGAACUCAACCAGCUACUGAAAGGAGUGACUAUCGCCAGUGGGGGUGUCCUGCCGAGAAUCCACCCCGAACUGCUGGCCAAGAAGCGAGGGACCAAAGGCAAGUCAGAGACGAUCCUCUCCCCACCCCCAGAGAAAAGAGGAAGGAAGGCCGCAUCAGGCAAGAAGGGGGGUAAGAAAUCCAAGGCCACCAAGCCACGGACGUCCAAGAAGUCUAAAGCAAAGGACAGCGAUAAAGAAGGAACAUCAAAUUCCACCUCGGAGGAUGGGCCGGGAGAUGGCUUCACCAUCUUGUCUUCGAAGAGCCUCGUUCUGGGGCAGAAGCUAUCCCUGACCCAGAGUGACAUCAGCCAUAUUGGCUCCAUGAGGGUGGAGGGCAUCGUCCACCCAACCACAGCCGAGAUCGACCUCAAGGAAGAGAUAGGGAAAGCCUUGGAAAAGGCUGGGGGUAAAGAGUUCUUGGAAACAGUGAAGGAGCUUCGCAAGUCCCAAGGCCCUUUGGAAGUCGCUGAAGCUGCCGUCAGCCAAUCCAGUGGACUCGCAGCCAAAUUUGUCAUCCACUGUCACAUCCCCCAGUGGGGCUCCGACAAAUGUGAAGAACAGCUGGAAGAGACCAUCAAAAACUGCCUGUCUGCAGCAGAGGACAAGAAGCUUAAAUCCGUCGCCUUCCCACCGUUCCCCAGUGGCAGCAAACUUCUACCAACCCACCCUGCCAAGAGUAGCUGCUGAAGCCACCAUAGCAUGUUCAGAAACUGCUUCCCCAAACAGACGGCCGCCCAGGUGACCCUCAAGGCCAUCUCGGCUCACUUCGACGACUCGAGCUCGUCCUCGCUGAAGAAUGUGUACUUCCUGCUCUUCGACAGCGAGAGCAUCGGCAUCUACGUGCAGGAGAUGGCCAAACUGGACACCAAGUAGCUCUCUCCAGUGGCGGCGAAGGAGGAGGAUCGGCGUGACGUCACAAGAGCGGGGGUUUUAUUUUUUACAAGGAUUGCAGAAGGGUGACGGGGCAUGGGAGCGGAGGGUGGCUGAGAGGGUGAACGGAGGCAGCGGGAACAGGUCCUGCCUGCCUGGUGAAGGGGUCCGGUGCAUUUUAUAUUCUCUUUACAAAGGGCCUCUCUUCCACAGUUAACCAGGUCUCCACCAGGGCUUUCUUUCCAUGUGUUUUUCUUCUUGUUGUUUUAGAACUUUUUCAAAAACAAACAAGACAAACAAACAUAAAAAUAGGCCUUCUUUAGAUUUAUAGCAGUGACUUUUACACACUCUCACACACACACACACACACAAAAUCUGUUCACAGUUUCUGUGUCUUUGGGUUCCUCCUUUUUCCAAGAGAAAAGGAUGUGACUGCCCAUCCUAGGUAUACUGGCUGUCUCCCUCAGUGGAGAAGAUGAGAAGAACAUCUUGGGGUGCUUUUCUGUUAUAGGGUCCCCUCCCUGACGCCUAAAAUAUUUGUAACUACACCUAAAAGGGUUUUGCUUCGGGAUUUUUGUUUGUUCGGUUUUUUUGUUUUUUUAAAGAAAAAGAAAAAUGAGAAGAAAAAAAUAAAAGCUCCAGCGUCUUUCUUAUAACAUA